AUGAAAAUGUCAAUUACAUCCAGUCCACCUGAAUUACCACCUGAUUCUCCUGGUUCUUCAGUAUCAUCACGAUUACAGAAUGAAUAUGAUGAUUUAUUACGACGAGCUGUUGUUAUUACUAAUCAUGGUCUUACAACAAAUGUAACAAUGAAUCAAAGCGUACUUGGACUUGGACAACGAACAAAAAAUAAAAAAAAUGUUCCUGUAACUGAUCUUAUUGAUUUGAGUAGCCCGGAUACAUAUCGUACUGAUAUGACACAAUCUGAAAUUGGUAAGAAAACAAAGGAUCUUUUAUAUAACAAGAAAAAAUAA